GCGGGCAGACGGCGAGCGCGGGCGGCGGCGGUGACGGCGGCGCCGCUGCCGGGGGGCGUGCGGCAGCGCGGCGGCGGCGGCGGCGGCUGGGCCUCGAGCGCCUGCAGCCCACCUCUCGGGGGCGGGCUCCCGGCGCGAGCAGGGCUGUCGAGAAGAUGGAGGAGCUGGUGGUGGAAGUGCGGGGCUCCAAUGGCGCUUUCUACAAGGCAUUUGUAAAGGAUGUUCAUGAAGAUUCAAUAACAGUUGCGUUUGAAAACAAUUGGCAGCCAGAGAGGCAGAUUCCAUUCCAUGAUGUCAGAUUCCCACCUCCUGUAGGUUAUAAUAAAGAUAUAAAUGAAAGUGAUGAAGUUGAGGUUUAUUCCAGAGCAAAUGAAAAAGAGCCUUGCUGUUGGUGGUUAGCUAAAGUGAGGAUGAUAAAGGGUGAGUUUUACGUGAUAGAAUAUGCAGCAUGUGAUGCUACAUACAAUGAGAUUGUCACAAUUGAACGUCUAAGAUCAGUUAAUCCAAACAAACCUGCCACAAAAGAUACUUUCCAUAAGAUCAAACUGGACGUGCCAGAAGACUUACGACAAAUGUGUGCCAAAGAAUCGGCACAUAAGGACUUCAAAAAGGCAGUUGGGGCCUUUUCUGUAACUUAUGAUCCAGAAAAUUAUCAGCUUGUCAUUUUGUCCAUCAGUGAAGUCACCUCAAAGCGAGCACAUAUGCUGAUUGACAUGCACUUUCGGAGUCUGCGUACUAAGUUGUCUCUGAUACUGAGAAAUGAAGAAGCCAGUAAACAGCUGGAGAGUUCAAGACAGCUUGCCUCGAGGUUUCAUGAACAGUUCAUCGUACGAGAAGAUUUGAUGGGUCUAGCCAUUGGUACUCAUGGUGCUAAUAUUCAGCAAGCUAGAAAAGUUCCUGGGGUCACUGCUAUUGAUCUAGAUGAAGAUACCUGCACAUUUCAUAUUUAUGGAGAGGAUCAGGAUGCAGUGAAAAAGGCUAGAAGCUUUCUUGAGUUUGCUGAAGAUGUCAUACAAGUUCCAAGGAACUUAGUAGGCAAAGUAAUAGGAAAAAAUGGAAAACUGAUUCAGGAGAUUGUCGACAAGUCAGGAGUUGUAAGGGUGAGGAUUGAGGCUGAAAAUGAAAAAAACGUCCCACAAGAAGAGGAAAUUAUGCCGCCAAAUUCCCUGCCUUCCAAUAAUUCAAGGGUUGGACCUAAUUCCUCAGAAGAAAAAAAACAUUUAGAUAUAAAGGAAAACAGCGCCCAUUUUUCUCAACCUAACAGUACAAAAGUCCAGAGGGGUAUGGUACCAUUUGUUUUUGUGGGAACAAAGGACAGCAUCGCUAAUGCCACUGUUCUUUUGGAUUAUCACCUGAACUAUUUAAAGGAAGUAGACCAGUUGCGUUUGGAGAGAUUACAAAUUGAUGAGCAGUUGCGACAGAUUGGAGCUAGUUCUAGACCACCACCAAAUCGUACAGAUAAGGAAAAAGGCUAUGUGACUGAUGAUGGUCAAGGAAUGGGUCGAGGUAGUAGACCUUACAGAAAUAGGGGGCACGGCAGACGCGGUCCUGGAUAUACUUCAGGAACUAAUUCUGAAGCAUCAAAUGCUUCUGAAACAGAAUCUGACCACAGAGACGAACUCAGUGAUUGGUCAUUAGCUCCAACAGAGGAAGAGAGGGAGAGCUUCCUGCGCAGAGGAGACGGACGACGGCGUGGAGCAGGAGGAAGAGGACAGGGAGGAAGAGGACGUGGAGGAGGCUUCAAAGGAAACGACGAUCACUCCCGAACAGAUAAUCGUCCGCGUAAUCCAAGAGAGGCUAAAGGAAGAACAGCUGAUGGAUCCCUUCAGAUCAGAGUUGACUGCAAUAAUGAAAGGAGUGUCCACACUAAAACAUUACAGAAUACCUCCAGCGAAGGUAAUCGGCUGCGCACGGGUAAAGAUCGUAACCAGAAGAAGGAAAAGCCAGACAGCGUGGAUGGUCAGCAACCACUCGUGAAUGGAGUACCCUAAACUGCAUAAUUCUGAAGUUAUAUUUCCUAUACCAUUUCUGUAAUUCUUAUUCCAUAUUAGAAAACUUUGUUCGGCCAAAGACAAAUAGUAGGCAAGAUGGCACAGGGCAUGAAAUGAACACAAAUUCUGCUAAGAAUUUUAUUUUUUUGAUAUUGGCCAUAUGCAACAACUUUCAGAUUUGCACAAAAAGAUAUCUUGAAAUUUGAAAUGUUGCUUUUAAGUAUACUUAGCACUUCAGGGCAGGAUUUUAGUUUUAUUUUUUAAAGUACUGAGCAGUGAUUUUCUUUGUUAAUUUGGACCAUUUUCCUACAUUGGGUUAUAACUCAUCAGUACAUUUUCAGUUUUUCAGAAUAAAUAGCAUUUAUGGUAAUCAUAUUUGACUUCUGUUUUCAAUCUAAUAUAGAAGUCUCCAUGAAAUGCUAUGUCAUUUCAUGUCCUGUGUCAGUUUAUGUUUUGGUCCACUUUUCCAGUGUUUUAGUGGACCCUGAAAUGUGUGUGAUGUGACAUUUGUCAUUUUCAUUAGCAAAAAAAAAAAAGUUGUAUGAUCUGUGCCUUUUUUAUAUCUUGGCAGGUAGGAAUAUUAUAUUUGGAUGCAGAGUUCAGGGAAGAUAAGUCGGAAACACUAAAUGUUAAAGAUGUAGCAAACCCUGUCAAACAUUAGUACUUUAUAGAAGAAUGCAUGCUUUCCAUAUUUUUUUCCUUACAUAAACAUCAGGUUAGGCAGUAUAAAGAAUAGGGAUUUGUUUUUGUUUUUGUUUUGUUGCACUGAAGUUUGACAAAUAGUGUUAUUGAGAGGGAUGUGUAAUUUUUCUGUAUAGACAGGAGAAGAAAUAACUCUCUUUUCAUUUGAGAGAGGCUAAAAUGUUUUCAGCUAGGAACAAAUCUUCCUGGUCGAAAGUUAGUAGGAUAUGCCUGCUCUUUGGCCUGAUGACCAAUUUUAACUUAGACCUUUUUUAUUUUGUCCUCCCCAAGUUUUGUGAAGUUUUUCAUAUUUUAAUUUCAAACUUAUUUUGGUGAGAUAGGAAGGUCAUUUCCAUGUAUGCAUAAUAAUCCUGUGAAGUACAGGUACUUUGUCUAAGAAACAUUGCAGACAGAUUAAGUGUUUUGUAAACUUUAAAAUAUAAGGUCUCAUGUAUAAACAGAAUUGGAAAACAGACUAGGAUUGGUUAACUUUUUUUUAUUAUUUUCCUUUUGUUUUUUGAUGUAUUGGGUUUUGUUUUUGUUUUUGAGUCUUUUUUUUUAAAUGAAUGAAAUUUACUGAGGAAAAAUAUGUGAAGGACCUUCACUCUAAGAUGUUAUAUUUUUCUUACAAAAUAACUCCAAUAGGGGUACCACUGAAUCUGUACAGAGCCGUACAAACCGAAGUUCUGCCUCUGAUGUAUUUUGUGAGUUUGUUUCUUUGAAUUUUCAUUUUAUAGUUACUUUUCCUUGCAUACAAAUAAGCAUAUAAAAAUGGCAACAAACUGCACAUGAUUUCACGAAUAUUAAAAAGUCUUUUAAAAAGUAUUGCCAAACAUUAAUGUUGAUUUCUAGUUAUUUAUUCUGGGAAUGUAUAGUAUUUGAAAACAGAAAUUGGUACCUUGCACACAUCAUCUGUAAGUUGUUUGGUUUAAAAUACUGUAGAUAAUUAACCAAGGUAGAAUGACCUUGUAAUGUAACUGCUCUUGGGCAAUAUUCUCUGUACAUAUUAGCGACAACAGAUUGGAUUUUAUGUUGACAUUUGUUUGGUUAUAGUGCAAUAUAUUUUGUAUGCAAGCAGUUUCAAUAAAGUUUGAUCUUCCUCUGCUAAA